UUCGCAGGGUGCUCUUGUUGUCUGAAGGUAGAGUGGCUUUUAUGGGGAAGUCAGAUGAGGCCUUUGAUUUUUUCAACAGACUUAACUACCCGUGCCCACGCAACUUCAACCCCGCUGACCACUACAUCUUGACUUUGGCCAUCGUCCCGGGCAAGGAAGAGGAGUGUCGGAGAAAAACAAACGCAAUCUGUGACACUUUCACGGAGAGCCCCCAGGCUCGUCACAUCGACUCGGAGAUCGACUUGCGGCUCCGUGAGUCAGAACUUGCUGACCACAUUGUGGUAAGUGACACGUACGCCUCUUCGCUCUGGGUUCAAGUCAAGAACUUAUUCUGGCGUUCCUGGAUAGCACAGUUUCGAGACGCCAUGCUCUUCUGGGUGCGGAUAGGACAGUCUUUGGCAAUCGGUCUUGUCUUGGGGCUGGUAUACCUGCAGUUGGAUGUGGAUCAAAAAGGAGUUCAGAACAUCAAUGGCGCAAUAUAUCUCCUGAUCUUGAACGUUACUUUCACCAACGUGUUUGCCGUGCUGACAUCGUUUCCUGAAGAAAUGGGUAUCGUCAUGAGAGAAUUAGGAACGGGUCUGUACAGGGUUGACAUCUACUACAUAGCGAAGAUCGUUACGGAGGUGAGAGCCAAAGUACUUGCUUGUUACUGCUAUCGGCAGAGAGUACUUUGGUACGUCAUAUCUGUGAUUACUGGGGAUACGACCCUUGCCUUGUCAUUGACGUCACCUGUCCUUGUGCCAUUCCUCCUGUUUGGUGGCGUCUUCUUAAACGGAGAUGACACACCUGUCUAUUUCGUUUGGCUAGAAGGGGUGUCCUGGUUCAAAUAUUCUAAUGAACUAAUGAUGGUGAACCAAUGGGAGAAAGAGGAGUACAUAGAAUGUGAGAACAAAACAAUCUCGCCCAACAGGACCCAGAAGGAGAUUUGCCAGGCCCUUACUUGUCAGUUCACCUCUGGGGCUGACGUCCUCGAAUACAACAGCAUGGACGCUGACGACGUUGGCUCUGACUACGCCGCUUUAUGUGGAAUCAUGUUUGUGUUUUACCUGUUUGCCUUCAUCGCCCUCAGUAUUCGUGCCAGACGCUCUAAGGAAUAGACAGAAGAGAUGUCCUAGUUUGUGAGGCGUGCUGAGGAAAUAAGUUUCUUCUCGCAAUCCACGAAAGGAGAUGUCAGCCGAAAAUAGACUCAUCAGAUUGUCGGUUUAAAAUUGAUGCCAUUUUCUUCAAGUUAAACAUGUCUUUUAUCACUUUGUAUAAUGAAUUGAACACUCCCAACCUUUAAUUCCAUGUACAAGCCUGUGUCUAAAAAUCCGAGAACUAACUCAUUUUGUCAGGACACCUUAUAUUUAUCUUUGAUGUAUUAUUCCGCCGCUCUACCCUCUUUUAGACUGUUGCUGCUUUUGUCGAGAUCGACAACAAGCCGGGAGAGAAAUUUUUGUUUUGUUUGUUUUGGUUUAAUCGACAUUAUGUAUGUUUGUUCGAAUAGAAAAACUCUUUAACAUUUUGGUUCUGGGCAUAGUGAACAGGAUGAUGGGAACGGAAUGACAAAUGGAGCUUUCUUUGCCGAGUAAUUUUCAUUGUUAUAUCUGAGGAUAUUUUGUCUUAAAAACUCAUAAGUGAUGCAAUAAGACCUUAUCCUUUUACCACAUUGACUGUUCCGCAUAGUUAUCAUAUAGCAUGUUUGAAAAGAUUAACUGAAUUUAGGCUACACAAUCUUUCAACAAAUAAUUAAACGGCCUCCUUUGCAUUUCAUGAAUAUUUUAGGCUUAGCCCAGGUAAGGAUGGAAAUGAUCAUAUUGAAUGUAAUAAUAUUAUGGUGUAAUAAUAUUAUGGUGUAAUAAUAUUAUGCUGUAAUAAUAUUAUGCUGUAAUAAUAUUAUGCUGUAAGAUAAAAUACAUUAUUUCUAUGCUCUCGUGCGUGAAAAUACUUAUUGCUCUUAGUGUGCAAGAAAGACAAUCAGGGCCAGGAUGUAAUAACACUGUAUGCUGGGGUGCAUAAUUUCUCAUCAGUAAUGUAAAUUCGAAAUUCUAAUAUUUGUACAGUAUUUUGAUUUAUCGCCCCAUUAUGAUCAGCGCGUAUUCCGAUGUUGCUGUCGUUCCUCAUUGGAGAGAGUGGAAAUAGUUUCAGAACAAACUACCGCGCUGAAAGCGUAGGUUAGACCCCUCCCCCCCUUGCCAUUCUCUAAAUGGCUACCU